CGGCUAAGAUUACGGUGCUUGAAUCCCUUUUAUGAGGUCUUUCAUCACCAAAUCGCACAGUGGCUGUGGUAUGCCCUCAAUAGCUUCACUAAACUCCUUAUUUGAGGUCUUAAAUCGAUGUUGGCCUGUUGGCGUAAAUCUUAUUUUUCACGUGGAAGUAGUCGCAAGGUGUCAAAUAAUAAGAUCUCGGUGACCAACUGCGUUCAUCUCUUCGAGCGAUCACACAAUCCGGACAAUUUUACUUUAAACUAUCGAUGGUUUUUUUUGCCUAUGUGAGACGUAGCGCCGUCUUGUUGGAAGUCAACGUUGCCCAGAUCAAAACAAUCAUUAAUCAUCACUCGAUAGCGUAAGACCACCGCAACUGUUGCUGCAGCCUCAUUUUCGAUCAAGUCAAACACCUCGCCGGAUCAUAAACUGAUGCAAACAGUUACUCGUUGAAGUCGGAGAGGCCUUUUAACAAUAAAUUUUCGGUUUUACAACGUCCAUUUUUUUUUAUUGACGUAGCGAUCUCGGUGAAAAUGAACCUCAUCAGUCACGAUGAUUUUUCAAUGCAAUUCCGGAACAUUUUCAAGCAUUUCAAUUAGCCAAUCAGAAAAGACACGACCUUGUUGAUAAUCGGUCAGCUUGAGUUCUUGAGAAAAAAUAAACUUCAUAAGCCUUAAGGCCCAAGUCUUUACGCAAAAGAAAAUGUAAUGACUUUGGAACGUCGGGUCAUGGACAACUCCGGGUUUUUUUCAACGUUCAACUUGCGCCAAUAGCUCCAUUUUUCACACCACUUUCUGCAUUGAUAAAACGAUAAUCACACAACCAAAUAGAUCUUGCUGUAAUUGAUGAAAAUACAUCUCCAGUGGUCUAGUUGUGCGUACGUUUCGAGAAGAAAAUAUUGACUCGGAUGCCCAUCGUGUCGUAACGAAUGUACGCACCUACCUUCGUGUAUAUAAAAAUGUCAGCCAAAAGCAAACACGAGAAAGGUUCGACGUCGAAAAGUUGCUAACACAAUACACAACCGAAUGGUUUUCUACUUACACACCUGUUGCUGAGAGUACUCAUCGGCAACUGGAUAUAAGCGAACUAUGGAACGGCAUCUCGAACUCUACACGCACCGUUGGUAUGGAAAAAAAUGGUAUUCGGCAGUGCCAGAAAUACAGUUUUUACGAUCAGGAAUGACAAACUGCAGUAGAGAGAGAACGGACUGCCUGCCUCGGUACGUUGAGAAAGACCACAACACGUGCCUGGUGGAUUACAUACCGAGAGUUGAGGAGGGAAGCAAAAUACAUUUGCUGAUAAAACAGGAAAGUGUUCGAUAUACGCGAGUAAAUAGAGCUUGAAAUUGAAUGCUCUAAAACUCUACGAAAAGAUACGGCGACUCGCAGAAGAUUCCACGACCGGAUCUCAUCUUGCAGGUAUUAAGAUGAUAAUCUGAAGAGUGAUUCUUGCACAAUUUUGGCGUAUCCUACAGAAAGCUCCAACUAUUGAUUGAUAAACCUUCUUUAUAUUGAGCAUAAUGCUCUUGCCCACAGAUGGACAGAUUCAGAUUAGGUAGUUGAACUGAAAAGUCCUACUCUCGAUGAAAAAAGACGGAACUCUCCAAAUCGCUCAUCAUUACCGAUAACAAUAACUUACGAGUGGUCGUCAGGAGUUUCCGAACCAAAAGGCAUCAGCUGCGCUUUUUAUUCGGUCCAAAUGCAAGGCAGUAAUCCAGCGCUGCAAAGUUUUCGAUGCUUUACGGAAGAGCAAAGGAAGAGAAAUCAGGUAGAAAAGGAACUAGCAAAACUUCGUAUUUCCAAUUGACGCCAAAUAGCAGUAUGAAGUCAGCCCCACCAUGUCUCAUCGACACACAGCGAGACCUACCCAAGCCUAACUUACCACAACCGCUGUACCUACGCCCAAACUCCUCCGAGUACUGGUUGCCAAAUGACGAAGGCUAUCUCGAAGUGCCACACGGCAGCAGCAUCGAACUGGUAUGCACCGGCGCUUUUGCGAAUAUCACAGGCACGUCAACAGGUAUAUCCCAGCGAACACGCAUUAUCCGCCCGCGCUGCAUACAGGGCACCACUUUUAGCUUGAACGGCGACAAGUAUGAAUUUCAGCAAUUUCUAUGCACAAAAUCCGUCAAAUAUACCGUCGAACGUACAGCGCAAACUUGUGCCAAUCACACCGCCCAAUUAUAUCGAGUUGGUUACAAUGUAACAACCAAAGGACGCUUCGUGGAAACAAUGCAUAUCUGUCACGAUGAUGAUGAACUGCGUACGCACUAUGUACGCUACACGCUUGUGCCCGGCAGCGUGUACUUUCAGCCGAAUGUGAAACGUUUGAGUUUCUCAAAGGCGCAACAUUUUAGCGCCUACAACAUGAAUCAACUGUACUCUCAAAAGAAUCAACGCUUGAAGGCCGCACAGCUGCUUAACACCGAACCGGAGGCACUCGCAUACGCCCUCGAUGCGAAGUCGCUUUAUCUAUCACGCGGCCACCUGGCGGCCAAAGCUGAUAUGAUAUAUGCGACACAGCAGCGCACCACUUACACAUUCUUCAAUGCCGCACCGCAAUGGCAAUCAUUCAAUGGUGGGCAAUGGGCAACGGUGGAGAACAAAGUGCGCGCCUUUGUGGCGAAAAAGAAGAGGAGCGCAACAUGUUUCACCGGCACAGUGGGCACAAUGCACUUGAAAAGUGCAGAUGCUAAUGUGCGCUUGCCUUUCUAUUUGGCUGCUGAUGCUAAUAAUAACGGUUUAUUGCCAGUGCCAGCGCUAUAUUAUCGCAUUAUUGUGAUGGGCUAUAGUGCUGGCAUUGUGUUGUUGGGUGUCAAUGAUCCACACGCCACGGUGAGUGAAAUCCUUACUGAAUAUGUGAUCUGUCAGGAUGUGCGUGAACAGGUGCCUUGGCUGAGUUGGAUGCGAAAUGGCGCAGGGAGCUUGAGGCGUGGUUACUUGUACGCCUGUCGUGUUGAUGAAUUUAUUAAAGUCGUGCCGGCUUUACCAGUGGAAUUAGGCAACGUCACAGAGCUGCUGUUGUAGUGUGAGUGUUGAAUAGCGUAAGAUGGCACACGAGCUCCGUCCAGCAAAGAUAAUGAUUUUAGAAGAAAUUAUUUUGUUUCAAUGUGAAAGACACAUUAAUUUUUUCGUAAAUAAUUUAAAUAC